AUAAGAAUAUCACGAUUUAUUUUUCACUCAUUUAAAAAUGAAUCUUUUUGGAAUAUUAUGGAUAUCGGUAUUUUUUGUGGUUCCUCAUAAGGUAUUAAAGACAAAAUGCCCUCGAUAUUGUAAGUGUUUCACAAACCACACAACAAUCUGUGAAGGACAUCACAAAAAGCUACAGUAUAUUCCUCCUCUGCCCGAGGACACCACCACUCUUCUGUUCAAAGAGAAUUAUCUGAGGACUUUAGAGCCGGUGACGUCUUUAUGAAUAUCUCGUCCUUACAUCUAACAAAGCUCGUUUUAAUAAGAAAUGCAAUCCACAAAGUCGAUAAAUGUGCCUUCGAACUGCUUCCACGUCUCCAAAUCUUAGACCUGUGUGAAAACGGGGGACCCCACAGAAUUAAUCUAAAAACUGUAUUCUAUGGAUUACAAACUAGUCCAAUACAAGAAAUCUACUUAGUACAAGUGAAUAUUUAUAACGUACAUGAAGAGGAUGUAGAGUAUUUGAGGAAUACAAGUUUGAAAUUCAUUUCUCUGGAUGGCAAUAAAUUAAAAAGUUUUAAUGGUUUCCUAUUUUCCCAUCUUACGAAGUUGCAGGGAGUUUCUCUUGAAAAUAACAGAAUUAAAGAGGUUCAUUUUAAUAGAACUUUUCGUUAUCUUAAAACAUUAGUUUUAAAGAAGAAUAAAAUACCAGACGUGCCAGUAUUCUGUUGUGAUUUUGAAUACAAACAAUCGUGUGUUCCAAACCUUGAGUCCCUUGAUCUAAGCUUUAACCUUUUGAUUGUUGUAAAAAGUCGGCAGUUUCGUGGACAAUGCUUACCUAACCUCAAAUCAUUGAAACUUGGGCACAACAAAAUUAAGACUUUGGGAGCCAAUCUUAUAAACCGUUUACCGUCUCUUUUAAAUCUGUCAAUCGAUUCUCUAGACCUUCAUGUUACUGUUGCUGUUUCUGUUUUUAAUAGUACAUCCCUGCGUAGUGUGACCUUGGCCAAUAAUGUAAACUUUUUCACAGACAAUGAAGAUUCGCUUUUAUUUUACUAUUGUCCAAACCUUGAAGAACUAGAUCUCACCAGCGUAAACCUUUAUGUGAGAAGUAAGACAAAUAAAAAGAUUUUCAAUUUAUUAAAGCCACUCAGGAAGAUUCAGACAAUGCUGUUAGAUUGGACAUCUUUAUCCACAUUUCCGAGUGGUCUGUUUUCAUGGCUGCCAGAAUUGGCUCAUCUCUCUUUACAAAAUUGCAAGUUUCACCAAGCUCAUCUGCAUGCAUUCGCUAAAGCAAGAAUAAAGAGAUUACAGUUAGAUGGUAAUCUCAUUUCUACGAUCAACGAUACGUCAUUACCAUCAUAUGCCGAAAAUAUUGGCCUUAGAAAUAAUCCUUUCCAGUGUAAUUGUGAUCUGGAAUGGUUUCGGAACUGGAUUAUAAAAAAUCAUCAAAAGCUUAUAGGUUGGCCAAAUGGAUAUGUCUGUUCAUCACCAAAGAAUUGGGAAGGAAAGAAAUUGAAAAGCUUUCAUUUGUCUUAUUCGUUCUGCCAUCCCCUGAACCCUUAUAUUAUUAUAGCAAUCGGUGUAGGAGUAGGAACUCUGAUCAUCGUUUCUUCGACGAUAAUUCUGUAUCGCAAUCGCUGGAACAUCAAAUACUACCUGUAUCUCCUCAGAGCCAAGAGGAGGGGAUACCAAAACCUUGAGGGUCAUCAUUUCCUGUACGAUGCUUUUGUUGCGUACAAUUCUAAGGAUCGUGUAUGGGUCAUUUCAGAAAUGAUACCAAGGCUAGAAAAGAGAGAAAAUUUGAAACUUUGUUUGCAUGACAGGGAUUUUGAACCUGGUAAAUUCACUGUAGAUAAUAUAACUGACUGCAUCCGCAAUAGCCGUAAAAUACUCAUCAUUUUAUCCAACAACUUUGUGCAAAACCACUGGUGUCGGUUUGAAAUCUUAUUGGCACAGUCGCUGUAUGAAGAUAAUGCUUUGGUGAUAGUAGUUGUGUUGGAAGAAAUUCUGACUAAAAACAUGAGUAAUUCCCUACAUGUAUUGAUGAAAACAACCACUUUUAUUGAGUGGAUUGAUGACGUUUCGUUGCAGGAAAAAUUUUGGGAAAGACUUGUUUCUGUUGUUAAAUCGUGAAACAUGUAGUUUUAUUCAUCUCAGACCGAUAAACAUUGCUAUAUGAAUGAAAACUUCCCUAUCAUAUCAUAAGAUAUGCCAGUCUUUGUCUGCUAACUAAAACUCAUAUUUUACUGACAGCGGAAUUAAAAUCUUUUUGUAUAACAGCAAUGCAAGGAAAUGAAUAUAUCAUCCUGUACAAAGCCAUUUAUACGGUGGUAUAUUUAGGACACGCAUUUAUUUUUUUUUAAAUACCAGAAAAAAAUU